AUGGACCAGACCAUGACCGAAGGGCAAUCAGUCCAGCCCGAAAAUCAACAUGUUCUCGCCGCAAAUACCACACCGCCACUCUUCCGGGCUACAGGACGCAUACUACGAUCGGCCUCAGUCUCCACUGUUACGAGACUGCUUGAGUACAAUCCCUCCAGUGGAAUGUGGCAGGCGACCGGGACAGCCAUUGCACACGCCCCGAAUGUAACGGAUCUAAGAUCGCCCGACGAGAUUUUCUUUGAUGUACAUGGUCGAGGUACAAGAAGAGUCAGCACGCAGGAUACAAUCAGCGGUGCGAUAGGUCGGAGAACGACGGCGCCUACGAUAGGACUCGGACACUUGCAGGAUGAGAAGCAAAUAGCCGGAGCAGUCAAAGGCGCUUCUAAAUCUCCGUUUGAUCACCAUGAAAGCAACCAAGACCAGAUUGCUCCAAAGGUGUCUUGGGCCAACGCCUUCAAGAAAGGAUCUAUUGCAGCAUGGAGAUUCAUUCUUACACCUACAGGCCUUUUCAUCGUUGUUUAUGGUCUCAACGUUAUCGCUUGGGGUGCCAUGUUGUUUUUUCUCUUGCUGAACGUCGGUUCGAUGAGCAAGGAGCGCAAAGAACUAUGGAUUGAAAUUGAUUCCCAGAUCCUCAAUGGGUUGUUCUGUCUAACUUCAUGGGGACUGGCGCCGUGGCGGAUUCGCGACACAUAUUGGCUGCUCAUGUGGCAUUUCGGCUCAGCCGAAACAUCCCAGAAAUCUAUAAUACAGCUCGCAAAGCGAAAUUCGAGCUGGUAUAGAAUGCGGGAUUCUGAUUUCGAAGAGUGUGAGACCCUGACGGGCAAGGUGGCUCCACCUACCAAAAUAUGGAAAAUGGACUUUGUGGUGAUAAAUAUGUUGUUGAAUAGCUUGUUCCAAGUUGGAAUGGCCACAUUCAUGUGGCAGUACAACCGAUAUAAUCGCCCGGCCUUCGGUGUUGGCCUUUUCAUUGGUUUAGGCUGUUUCAGUUCGCUUCUGGCAGGAGUAACCUCAUGGUGGGAGGGACGAAAAGUCAAGCGAAUUGAGGGCGCUUUCUUUGAAGAGACAACGGAGGAAAGGCAGGAACCCAUAGAGACAUUAGCCUAA